GGCGGGCGGGCGGCGAGGCGAUGGCGGCCAUGGGAGCCAUGGGAGUGAUGGCGGCCGUAGGAGCGUUGCCGGCGGGCGCGGGGUCCCUCCCGCCGCUGCCGACGCUGGGGGUGCCCGGCGUGCCCGAGCUGAAGCCGCUGACGCGGUACGAGGCCAUGCGGCUGGGCCCGGGCUGGAGCCACUCGUGCCACGCCAUGCUGUACGCGCCCAACCCGGGCAUGCUGUUCGGCCGCAUCCCGCUGCGCUACGCCGUGCUGAUGCAGAUGCGCUUUGACGGCCUACUGGGCUUCCCCGGGGGGUUCGUGGACCGCCGGUACUGGUCCCUGGAGGACGGUCUGAACCGGGUGCUGGGCCUGGGCCUGGGCUGCGUGCGCCUGACGGAGGCCGACUACCUGUGCUCGCACCUGACGGACGGGCCGCAUCGCGUGGUGGCUCACUUAUACGCCCGGCAGCUGACCCUGGAGGAGCUGCACACCAUCGAGAUCAGCGCGGUGCACUCCCGAGACCACGGGCUGGAGGUGAUGGGCAUGGUCCGUGUCCCCCUCUACACCCAGAAAGAUCGCAUGGGUGGGCUGCCAAACUUCCUGGCCAACUCCUUCGUUGGAACUGCCAAAUUCCAGCUGCUCUUUGCUCUGAAGAUCUUGAACAUGGUGCCGGAGGAGAAGCUGGCCGAGGCGGUGGCUGCCACGCAGAAGCCGAAGAAGCCGGCGAUCGACCACGCGGCUGUGGCAGCAGCUAAGCAGGCGAACGAGCUGGCGGCGGCCGCCAGAGCAGGCAAUGAAUACGCAGAUAGCGGAGAGAACCAGGCAGCUGCGCACGCUGCGGCCGAGCUGGCAGAGCAGCAGGCGGCCGGGCUGGAGAGCCAGGCUGUGCUGGAGCAUCUGGCGGCCGUGCCGGGGGCUGAGGCCGUGGUGGCGGAGCUGCACGCGCAGCCCGGGGCAGACGCUGUGCUGGAGCAGCCGGUGGCUGAGGCCAUGGAGUGAUGCCCCCGUGUUUGUAAUUGAUUAAAAGUGGGUGAGGAGACUAGAGACUUUCUUCUAACUUCCCAACCAGUUGCUGGCUGCGAGAUUCCGCUGUGUAGCCAGGAGGGUUUGGAAUUGUCUGAAGCAGGGGAAAGCUAUGUAUUUUUAUGGCCAUUAAACUCUAGCGAGCUUCCCAGAUCAAUCUGCGCAGCCCCCUGCAGAGAGUUCAUGUGCUUAUGUGAAGGUGCUGAAGCCUUAGAAUUACGCUUUGAUUUCAGGGACACACUGCUGCUUUCAGGUCCCGGUUUCAUUUUUAAGGAACAAAACUUACUUUGAGAUGCCCUACGUUGACUCGGACGCAGCUGUGUUUUGCAGUGGGCACGGCUGAGGAAUAAGGCUGCUGGUAAAGCGCCUUUGCCGCCGUGGGCAGAUGGGCUCUGCUCUGCUGGCAGCAGUGAGGCCGGGCUCCCUUUGGAAUGCCGGUGCCCGGGGUGACGUGCACUGAAUUCCCUCUGGGGCCCGGGGACAAACUCAUGUGGGUUUCUAUCUGGAGAUCUGUGGGAGCAGGAAAGUGGAAUAAAUGGCUUUGCUGAA